UCGACGUAUGUCUCCGUCUUUUGUUCUAACGCUAGAAUUAGUCUCCGUCUUUUGUUCUAACGCUAGAAUUAGUCUCCGUCUUUUGUUCUAACGCUAGAAUUAGUCUCCGUCUUUUGUUCUAACGCUAGAAUUAGUCUCCGUCUUUUGUUCUAACGCUAGAAUUAGUCUCCGUCUUUUGUUCUAACGCUAGAAUUAGUCUCCGUCUUUUGUUCUAACGCUAGAAUUAGUCUCCGUCUUUUGUUCUAACGCUAGAAUUAGUCUCCGUCUUUUGUUCUAACGCUAGAAUUAGUCUCCGUCUUUUGUUCUAACGCUGAGUGUUUUUUUGUCGUGAACAAACACGUUUGUUGACAUUGGCAAUGUAGAAGUUGUAGCUAAAUACAGCGAGAUAAUGUAACGUAAAUGAUGUGUUGUCCAAAUAUAGUUUAAUUAUCUAGGACAUGCUGUGCCUGCUUCCCCUCCCAAGUCGCACAGUCAAAAACGGCUGGGAAUAAAUGUGGAACAGGAAUCUAUUCCAAAAAACGUUGUAAAUAACAAGGUUUCCAACAUACAACAGAGUUGUUCAUCGGCAGAAUAAGAUACCAGAUCCACAAGGAGAAUGUUUCAGCUUGGAAGCCAGCUGGCCCAGUUUCACUUCUCCACAGGACCCAGUACUGCUAUUGCAGGUGCCACAGGAGACAGUACACAGCCUACCCUAACAGUACAGGACUUUAUCCAACGUGUCAGGAAACUUGGCGGACUGAAAAAAGAGAACAUUUUCUGCGACCUACGAGUCCCGACCCAGUUUCAAACCACCAAGGCAGACGACAUCGACCUCGUCAUCCUCACAGGUCACGGGGUGUUCUGCAUCGACGUGAAGCCCUGGAGAGGAACGGUGUCUUCCCAGCGACAGCAAUGGCACGUCCAGCUCAAAGAACAGCACCGCAACUUUACCAACACCUCCAUCGAACAGGUGGCUGACCCCAUUGAGGCCGUCAUGACCAAGACAACUAACCUGUGGCAGUACCUGAGGAGGAGCGGCCUGUCGGUGCGUCAGGAGCUCUUCCUACCCAGGCUAGUCUUCCUCGCCCCAGACUGCCAGCUGGAUGAAGAGUUGAGGAAGAGGAGGGAGCUGGUCUCCCACAGUCAAAUAGAUGAGUUCCUCCGCUCCUUCAGAGAGGACUAUGUAGCCUGGAUAUCAGACGCCCUGACUCCUGCCUGGCUGUCUGGUCACCUGUCGUACCGUCAGAUAGGGGAGCUGAAACAAGUGGUGAGGAAAAUGGGGACCUGGGACCUGGUCAGACUACAGGGAGGAGAGCAGCUCAAGGGAGACUUCCGGAGCUGUCCUUACAUCGCUCUGAACCGCCAGGAGACUGACACCAUGGAGUUCUUUAAGAUCAAAACGCUGUCUGCUAAUUCGCUGUGGGCUCUGCUGGGACACGCCCCUCAGGUGACGGUGAAGAUGUAUAAACGCGGAGCUCCAGGCUGGCUGGGGAAGUCCCUGACGUCCACCAGCACCAUCCCCCACAACACACAGGUCAUCUUCCGGAUCAACGGAGAGGAAACGGACGCCAGGAUCUCCGCCAGCACCAUCCAAAGCAUCACACUCAGCAUAUGA